CGCGCUCCUAUGAAGUGACGUGGCUGCACAUUUGGACGAGCGAGCCGUGGACAUGGAGGUGGUGGCGCUAGUCGCGGUGACUGUGCUGCUGGGAGGGAUAGUCGUGCUGCUGACUCUAUGGGGCAGAAAGGCAAAGGAGGGCGCCGAGCCAAGUGCUGAGCAAGCAAACGGUAAACCAGUCCCUGAGAAGCAGCCGGCAAAGAAACAGAAACCGCAGAGGCCACGGAAAGAGAAAGCUCAGCCCCACACCUUCUCCCACCCGCUGCUGGCAUCUGCUCUCAAGGCUCAUAGUGGAUCCAUAACCUGUCUGGAUUUUAGCAGUAACGGUAAAUAUUUGGCUUCUUGUUCGGAUGAUAGGACUGUCAGGAUAUGGAGUACUAAGGACUUCCUUGAAAAGGAGCACCGAUGUAUGAGAGCCAAUGUGGACCUAGACCACGCUACCUAUGUCCGCUUCAGUCCUGACUGCAGAACCUUUAUUGUAUUCUUAGCAAAUGGAGAUACAAUCCGAGUGUUUAAAAUGACCAAGAAAGACGAUGCGUUCAUCUUCUCUGCUCAUGAAGACUUCCAAAAACAUCAUAAAGCCAUUGUCAUUAAUAUUGGAAUUGCAGAAACAGGGAAGUUUAUUAUGACUGCAUCAAAUGAUACCACUAUUUUGAUUUGGAAUCGGAAGGGUGAUGUACUGGCAACUAUCAAUACCAACCAGGUUGCAAAUUCCUACGCUAGUGUGUCACCUUGUGGGAGGUUUGUAGCAAGCUGUGGUUUCACGCCAGAUGUGAAGGUUUGGGAGGUCUGCUUUGGUAAAUCAGGGGAGUUCCGGGAAGUCUCCCGGGCAUUUGAAUUGAAAGGCCACUCGGCGGGUGUUUGUGGAUUUGCUUUCUCCAAUGAUUCCAGCAGAAUGGCAUCUAUAUCUAAAGAUGGGACAUGGAAGCUCUGGAAAACAGAUGUUGAGUAUAAAAAGCAACAAGACCCCUACCUGCUGUUAACAGGAAAAUGGUCCGGCAAAGAGCCCUGUCGUAUUGCAUUGUCUCCUGAUGGUCGUACAGUUGCCAUAGCCAGUGUCUGUGAUAUCACAGUAUACAACGCUCAGACUGGGGCAGUAGAGGAAGAAUUCAAAUCUGUACACGCAGCCGUGAUCUCAGCCCUUGCAUUUGAUAUCAACAACAGAUUUUUGGUCUCUACUGGAGAUCGUGUAAUCCGUGUCUUUCAUAAUUCAGCCGGAUACCGAGCCGCCAUUGCUGACAUGAAGGAAAUGCUUAAGAAAGCCAAUACCAAGGGCACAAAGGACAGGCUACAGCAACAAAUAAAGGAUGCCCAAAAGGCACUAGAUGCUAUAUACAAACAGUAGAAUGGAGACUGUUUUUAUAAUUGUUUUGAUACAAAAACAACUACACUUUGUAAAAUUAAAAUGUUUCUGAGGAAAUUU